CGAAAAUGAGGACCUAUCCAUUUCGAUAUUCGAGUCUUUAUUCAGGAUGCAAGAUGAGCAGAAGCUCUCUCCGCUUGAAGAGGAGGGACGAACAAAGAGACAGGAGGUAUCCGUAUCCUAUCGCAGGAAAAAACUGUUUCACUGUAAACUUGUAAUGCAGAAACUGUAUCUCAGAAGUGUUUGUCUUGCUACACAUGCAAGACAGGCGAUUUUUAGCUGUGUUUUCCCUUGGGAUCCUCGCAUGGCAAGUUUUCCCCUGGGAUCCUGCAGACCAAACCUGUGAUGCAAAACUUGCAAAAUCCUUACAGUGAAACACUUUUUUCGUACGAUAUAUCCAUCCUGAUGUGUAGUCCAUUGUACUACUACUUAGUACUACAACCAGGAACAUCAGGGCCGUUCUAUAAAGUUCUUGUGAUACUAGAAGUCACUACGUGCAGCAACCUCAUUGUGUUUCAUAAAGAAGUAGAAAUUCUAAGUUCUUGUCCCUGGGAACAAAAUAGAAGCGAAAAUACAAAUACCGGGUUGUAACUGUAAGAUAUUCAUCUAUUCUUUUCUAAUGAACAAGAGUAAGAGCACGACCAGGACGAGAUGUUGGUGCACCAUGUGGUAAGUUCAGUGUUGAAUUCAGACCACGACUCUUAAUUCCCGGAAUUUUUAUGAAGAAAUAGAAAAUGUCAUCGCUGGUGCAAUCUGAGGGAGAUUCUUCUAGCGCCGUUGCGGGUCGUCCUAGAACCGGAGCUUUAGUCCCAGUUGUCGUCGACCACGACCAGGUCGACGUCGGGCUGGUGCCCUCUCCCUCGAGAAAAAAAAUCCCGGUGACCAUUCUGACGGGGUUUCUCGGCAGUGGAAAGACCACUUUGAUAAAGAACAUCCUGCAAAACUGGGACCACGGCUACAAAAUCGCGGUGGUCCAGAACGAAUUUGCGGCGACAACAAGUGCAGGUGCACCUUCCUCGUCUACCACAACUGCCGGAGAAGUUGCCGUAGGAGAAGAUGAUGUAGUCCUCGGCGGGGCGCGACGGCCUUCGAUGAAUGCAGGACAUAGUACAGGUGCAGGUGGGGGCAGUAGUUCGAGUAGUACAGCCGGUCCGGAGCAUAAUUACCCGCAAUACGGUAUCGCGCUGAAAAAAACUAUCACUAUCACAAAAGCGCCGUUUUUCGACCCAAAAAUGCGACUUUUUUUACAAAAAAGCAGCAUUAUUUUUUCAUUUUUUUUCUCGCCGGCAAGGUAAGACCUGAGUAGUGUUUUGAUUCAUUUGGAAUGAUGAAUGUCAGAAGGUAACUGGUGGCCACUUGUGAUGAUUUACCUAGCUAACAGGAAAGAUCUGGCAAGACGCUUGCAGGUUGAGACGCUUGCAGGUUGUGAGCACCGACAACCGAGUACCACCAUCACAAUCCCGGACAUUUUUGAGGACGGCGAGAGCUACCUCCCCAUUCGUUGCGGCCCAGUCAGCCAGCGCCAUGAGGGCGCGGAAGCGUGUCUCCACCAUGCUCGUUAACGACGAGUCUGGAAUUGGUGGUUUUGGUGGAUAAAGAGCGACUUUUCUAUGGCUCGUUUUUCAGACCUGCUCCCAGAUGGAUCUGGGGGCUCGAAGGCCAGGUCUGACAUCCGGAGCCCCCGGGGGCUAGGCCAAAGGCCACAACCUCCGGCAGAAAUUGGUGAUGGCGCAAGCACUAAUUUUUUUGGUGCUCACACUUUGAAAUCACAUUGAUUUUUCUUCUCCGGGGAGGUCAAAAAUGGCGCUUUUUUGUGUGUGAUAGUGUUUUUCAGCCACGGCGCUACGGCGAUUUUGGGUCCCUUUUUGACCCGGGCCGUAGCAUCGUCAUUUGCAUUUUUAAAAAGAGCUGAUUUUCGGUGUUUUCGCAGCAUUAGCUCGCGCUUAAAAACACUAUCACACUACACUUUUGAGCGAUUUGCUAUAGAAAAAGUGCAAAAAGGUGUGAAGUUGGUAUUUUUUGAGUGCCGGAAAAAAGUGUGAUAGUGUUUUUCAAACACGGCGGCACGGCCCACAUAGGACCACCGCCAGAAAAAACACUAUCACAGCCAAAAUGAUCGACUUUCCGGGUUUUUGAAUUUCUUGAAAAAAUUUGCGCGCGCAGUGUUGAAAACCAAAAAAAUCCGGGGAGGACUGGCUGUCGGCAGCCAGAUCCAAAAAGUGGUGUGAUAGUGUUUUUCAAACACGAGUAGUACAGCCGGUCCGGAGCAUAAUUACCCGCAAUACGGCGCCCCCGCUGCAUCGUCCUCGUCCGCCAGCACGACGGCAAAAAAAAAGACCUCCGGAGCAGGUGGGCCUGCUAGUACUGCGGGUGGUUCGACUUCCAGUUCGGCUGUGCAGCUCGGCAACACUAGUAGUACAACCCAAAUAAAGUCGACCUCGACCGCCACGACCCUGGGGAUUGAGGGUCCCACGCUGAUUGACGGGCAGUCGGGCGAACCCUUCACCGACCUGUACGAAUUGCCCAACGGGUAUCUUCCAGGAAAAAACUAACACCCAUCGUUCCCAUCCAUGUUUUGCAUGACAUCAAACACUGCUUCUGAUGUAUGUUUUGCAUCACAAAUAUAUUGGAUUAUGCAGGGAUAGGUGUUUGUUGUUUUUUCCUGGAUAGUGGGUGCAUUUGCUGCUCCGCAAAGGACGACUUUGUGAACGCUAUCGAUGGGUUAGUAAAACGGCAGCGGGAAAUGGAACUACAGGGAGAAGAAGAAGGUUCAUCUUCGCCGGUCGCGAGGCAAAAAAUCUUCGAUUACAUCUUGGUUGAGGCGAACGGCGUUGCGGAUCCGGAGGACCUGCUGCAAACUUUUUGGGUGGAUGAGGGUCUGGACUCCGAAAUUUACCUCGACGCCGUAGUAACGGUGAUAGAUGUAUGAGAGUGCACAAGAACUCCCCCUCGUACUUCUCAUUUCUCAUGGAAAACAUCACCAACUCCAGACUGGUGUCCCUCCCGUUUCUAUUAUGCAUGACAAGCAGCACUACACGCCAGUGUAAGUUUGUCACGCAGUAGAACCGGCACUCGUGCUGAUGCUUGUCGUGCCGUGUAUGCUAUACAAAUGAAAGGGAGGGGGAGUCAGUUGUGCACUGUCAUAUGAUGUGACGAACAUCGAGAGCCAGCUCCGCGACUACAAGGAAGCGGUGAAGCAACUCUACUGCGCCGACGUCGUAUGAACUGCAAAAGUACCGUACUCGUACGAAUCGCAUUUAUGCAUUACAAAUUUCUUCUUCAAACUAAAACAGCAUGACAAAUUUCUUUUGUCAUGCUGACCUAAUUUGUAUUGCAAUACUACGAAUGCGAUGGUGCAUUUGCGGCGCAUACGUUGUUCUGUGCAACAAGGUCGACCUGCUCCUACGUCAGCAAGAUCUUCAUGUGGGAGAUGUUGAACAAGCUUCUUGUACAAAGCCCAACAAGAACUUCUACUCUGAGGCAGCUACAACUUCUCACACCUCAUCUUCGCAGCAGCUGGAGCUCAUUCCCGAGGAGCUUCGACGCUACAAUCCAGACGCGGAGUUUCACCGGACCGUGAAGUGCGAGAUUGGGCUCGACAAGAUUCUGAACCAAAACUCGUUCCGCCAAAUAACGGACCGGGAAAAAAUGGUAACUAGGCUGCAAAAUGCGGAAGAACGGAUGCUGGAGUGCGAGGAAGUCGUGGAAGCACAACUGCAAGAUGUUGAACGCGUGUGUUUAACGUCGGCCCCGAAGGGGGGACCCUCGCCUGGUCGUGGGGACCACGAUGAACAGGGCAAAACAACAGCAAUAACAGCAAUAUCAAGCGAGAAGAGGACCAAGGGAAACCAGAAAGUGUUCGACGCGGGGGUGGUAUCAACUGCAAACGUGUCUGGUCUGGAAGAAUGCAUGUUUGUCAUGCUUGUCUGGCAUGACUCUUAAAUCUGUCAUGCGCGUUUCCCAAGAGCCGCAUUUUUCUGCCAUGCAGAAACGCGGUUUGUCAUGCAGAAUGGGCAACACCUAGAAGGUCAGAAACUUGUCAUGCUGAGCCAGCACUUGUUGCCUCCUCAUGAUACGCCACCAAGCAUCACAAGUUUAUUCCCGACCCAGACACAUUUGCAUUUCAUAGGUGGACCUGCGGCCGCACCUUGCCAACCAGAUCAAGCCGAUGCUGAUCAGCAUUCCUAUGAAUUGCAAAAGUAUCGUACUAGUAGAAAUCGCAUUACAAAUUUCCUUAGCAUGAGAAAUAAAAUUUGUAAUGCGGAUUUUUUACCUUAAAAAACAGACUUGUAAUGCAUGACUGCAAUUAGUACGAGUGCGAUACUUUUGCGAUUCAUAAUUCCGCAGGGCCGCCAAAUCUCCUCGGCGGAGGCCUUCGAACGGCUAGUAGGAAAGUAUGGAACUGCUCUCAGACGUUACAAUUUCAACUGUCACACGAAUUUGUCAUGCGAAAUAAUACUAUCAACACUGCCACGAUCAAGCUACUUUGCAUGACAAAUUCUCGACGCGGACGCGCUAAAUAGAGCUAGAAUGAUCCGCAUCAAAUCUGUAAUGCAAGACGCGCAAGGUCGUGUUCCCUAGCAUCAUCUGUGCUACCCUUGUGCAUCACAAAUUCACGUAUUAACAGUUGCGAAUGCAACAUUCGAGAAUUUGAUAAAAAGUGGCUCUGGGAGGACGGCCUGCAGCUGCUGCGGGGAAAGGGAAUUUUCCAAACAAGGGCCACAACUAGUGCGGAUUAUGCAAGAAAAAAACUGUGUAAGUGUAAAUCUGUGAUGCAGAAAAUGCAAAACAGUCACACUUGUCAUGCCAGACAGCCAUGAAGUCCGAUUUUCAUGCGUGUUUUCCCUUACAGACCAUGCAUGACAGGUUUUCUCUGUCAUGUAGAGCAAAUUUGUGAUGCUGUCAGCCAAAGAAAGUUACACUUACACACUUUUUUUCCUGGAUACGGAUGGAAUGAUGAAUAAUAUUAAUAUUGCGACCACGUACGCCUUUCAACUGGUUGGCGAGCUUUACGAGGUCGUGGAGGUCGGGCACCUGUCAAAUAAUCGAGCAACUGCUGGUGCUGCCGACGUCGUCGGAGAAGGAAAUAGAAAAAGUACAGAUGCAGCGGGUGUUAAAGCGGCAAGCUUCUCGAAAAAACAGAGAGUCGAGAGGACUCAGGUUGGGCAGGAGGAGGACCUGGUGGUGGAAUUUCAAGAAAAGACAGCGCGUCCUGCGCUCGUAUCAAGUGCAAAAAUGUCUGGGUCUGGAUUUGUAAUGCAGUUCUUCAAGGACAACAAGAUCUGUAAUGCAUGGAUACCAUUGGCCAGUUUUUUUGUCGUGCUGGGUGGCAGUUUGUAAUGCUAAACACGAAUGAAUCGGCAAGGAGCCGAGGGAAAUUCCUCAUGCUGUCAUGCCGUACAAGCAGCAAGUUUGCAAUGCAAGUAUCAGCAACACAAGUUUCCAGACCCAGACACUUUUGCAUUUGAUAGCUCGCGGCGGGGAACAACAACGACAAAAUUGUUGAGUCCAAGUUUCUGUUUCUGGCUUUUCGCUCGGCGGAAAAAAAUCCCGAUUUUUUGGAAAACAAACUGAAAACGGAACUACUGGCAAUCACUACUAGUUGUAUCACGACCACGCAUUGA